AAGCAUUCGUUUGUUACAAUACAACUUAUAAUUUCUCUUUGGCAAUACAGAAACGUGAGAAGCUCAGCCAUGUCAACCGUACCUUUGGCCUCUGCUGCUCUAAGAAGGCUUGAAGGUAAAGUGGCUCUGAUCACCGGUGGCGCGAGUGGCAUCGGCGAGGCCACUGCAAGACUCUUCUCCAAGCACGGAGCUCAAGUCGUUAUAGCUGAUAUUGAUGAUGACAUGGGUCACUCAGUUUGCAAAGACUUACACAAAUCCUCUGCUUCCUAUGUUCAUUGUGAUGCGACCAAGGAAAAAGACAUCGAAAAUGCCGUGAACACAACAAUUUCAAAGUACGGUAAACUAGACAUCAUGUUUAACAAUGCCGGCAUAACCGGUGUAAACAAAACCAACAUACUUGAAAACAAAUUAUCCGAAUUUCAAGAAGUGAUCAACAUUAACUUAAUUGGUGUCUUUCUUGGAACAAAGCACGCUUCAAGGGUAAUGAUCCCUGCUCGACGUGGUAGCAUAAUUAACACAGCUAGUGUUUGUGGAAUCAUAGGCGGUGUUGCUUCGCACGCCUACACUAGUUCAAAACACGCCGUUGUGGGACUAAUGAAAAACACGGCCAUCGAGCUUGGACCGUUUGGCAUUCGGGUGAAUUGUGUGUCACCUUAUGUUGUUCCCACUCCAUUGGCUAAGAAUUUCUUUAAACUUGAUGAAGAUGGAUGUUCAGGGGUUUAUUCUAACCUAAAGGGUGCUAAUCUUGUUCCAGAAGAUGUGGCUAAAGCUGCUUUAUACUUGGGAAGUGAUGAGUCUAAGUAUGUUAGUGGUCACAAUCUAGUUGUUGAUGGAGGAUUCACAACUCUUAACAAUGGAUUUUGUGUGUUUAGACAGUCUGUUUGAAUAAGUGUUUAUGUACCAUUAUUGUUGUUUUUUGUGUCUUGUAAGUUGCAUGAAUAAGUGUUUAUGUACCAUUAUUGUUGUUUUUGUGUCUUGCAAGUUGCAUCAAGGCCAGUACCAUUGGAAUCUAAUCAUGUACUAUGAAUAUGAAUAAAAGUUUCGAUCAAUAUUUUAUAAA